AUGGGAAUCGCUUUAAGAUUUUUAGGAAGAUUAUUCUUCGUCAUUUUGUUUGUUGGCGCUGGCAUCCAAAAGAUUUAAACCCCUGAAAAGCCUGCUCUUUACUUUGGUACCCAAUACAAAAUUUUCCACCAAUGGGUCCAAACUACUCAAGUUUUUAAGCAAGCAAGUGAAGUUGUUUCUCCUCAUAUUCAAUAGCAUAUUCCUUUGAUCAAGUAAUACACUAGCCCUGAAUUCCUUCUUGACCACUCCAACUUAAUUAUUACCUAUAUUGGAUACACCUAAUUAUUUACUUCUGCUUUGAUUAUCCUUGGUGUUCCUUUGGCUGGUUUCAUUCUCUAUCUCUUCACUAUUUCUACCAUUGUUUUUAUUCACAAUCCUUUUGCCAACCCAACUAACUUCCAUCAAGAAUUUAUGAAUUGUGUCAUUAAUCUUGCUAUUGCUGGUAUUGCCCUCUUCAUUGCUUCUGAUAUUAGACCUAAGGUCAAUAUUACUGAACAAGCUGAAGUCAAGAAAGCUUAAAAAGAAAAGGUUGAAGCCUCUGCCCCUAAGAAGCCUUCCCAAGCUGCUAGCGUUUCCAAGUCUGCUGAAAAGAAGAGAAAGUGA